AUGUCUUCAGAUUCCGGCUUUUCGUUCCUCCCGCAGGGUGCAAUCGUCCAGGAGUUCAAGGUGGCCGGCCACAACAUCGUGCUGGGGUAUCCCACGCCCGAGCCGUACGCCGACUCGCCGUUCUUUGGGGAAACCAUUGGUCGCGUGGCCAACCGGAUCAAGAACGCCGAGUUCACGCUGAACGGCAAGUCGUACAAGCUCGCGGCGAAUGAAGGGUCCACUACACACAUCCACGGCGGUGUCAGGGGCUGGGGCAAGAAGCAGUUCAAGGGUCCUCAGCCGGUCAACCGCGACGGCAAGGAGGCAGUCCUCUUCACUUACGUGUCGCCGGAUGGGGAGGAGGGGUAUCCGGGCACCGUGGAGCUGAGAGUCUGGUACAUCGCCUGGACAGAGGACGAAGGUGGCGUCACCAAGACGGUGAUGGAAACAGAGUAUGAGGUGGAAUUGAUCGGGGACGAGUGCGACGAGACUGUCGUCAACAUCACAAACCAUGGCUACUUCAACUUGAGCGACGGUCCCACCAUCGAAGGAUCGGUGGUUACUCUUUAUAGCUCAAAAUAUCUGGUGGUGGACAGUGCAUUGAUCCCGACCGGGGCCAUUGAAGACUUUCCCGGGAUCGAAGCAAACAAACCUUUUGUUCUAGGCGCGACAGAGCCAGACAUCGACCAUUGCUUCGUGGUCGACACCGACACAUCAGACCUCCCACUCGACACCCGCCAGAGACAGCUCAAGCCGUUGAUCAGUGUGUCACACCCUAAGACGCAACUGCACCUGGACAUCUUCAGCACGGAACCUAGCUUUCAGUUCUACACGGGGAAACACAUCAAAGCCGCCGCCACGGGGUCGACGCCAGCGAGAGGCGCGCGGGCAGGGUUCUGCGUCGAGGCAAGCCGGUUCAUCAACGCCAUCAACGUGCCAGAAUGGAGGAACCAAGUCAUACUCAAGCGCGGCCAGGUCUGGGGCGCAAAGACGGUGCACAAGGCUUGGAAGGCAUAG